AAAAACCUUCCACUCGUCAGUCUAGAAGGAUAAGAGAAGGAAAGUUAAGCAACUACAGGAAAUGGCUUUAGAAGUUCCAAUAUCAGUCUAUCUUUUAUUCAACGCAAUGACAGCACUGACUGAAGAGGCAGCCGUGACUGUAACACCUCCAAUCACAGCCCAGCAAGGUAACUGGACAGUUAACAAAACAGAAGCUGACAACGUAGAAGGACCCAUAGCCUUGAAGUUCUCACACCUUUGCCUGGAAGAUCAUAACAGUUACUGCAUCAAUGGUGCUUGUGCAUUCCACCAUGAACUAGAGAAAGCCAUCUGCAGGUGUUUUACUGGUUAUACUGGAGAAAGGUGUGAGCACUUGACUUUAACUUCAUAUGCUGUGGAUUCUUAUGAAAAAUACAUUGCAAUUGGGAUUGGUGUUGGAUUACUAUUAAGUGGUUUUCUUGUUAUUUUUUACUGCUAUAUAAGAAAAAGGUGUCUAAAAUUGAAAUCACCUUACAAUGUCUGUUCUGGAGAAAGACGACCGCUGUGAGGCCUUUGUGAAGAAUUUUCAUCAAGGCAUCUGUAGAGAUCAGUGAGCUCAAAAUUAAAGUUUUCACAUGAAACAACAAAACUUGUCAAGCUGACUAGACUCGAAAAUAACGAAAGUUGGGAUCACAAUGAAAUGAGAAGAUAAACUUCAGCGUUGGCCUUUAGACUUUGCCAUCCUUAAGGAGUGAUGGAAACCAAGUGAACAAGCUGCAGUGACAGAAGUCAAGUUCAUUGUUUCACUCUGGGUUUUUUGUUGUUGUGUGGUUAUUAUUCUCACUACAGAAAGACUGAGUUUCAUGUCCCUGGCUGUGUCAGAUGUGAAUUUUCAUGGGAAUAAUAAUCAACUUUGCAGCAAGCCAAAGCAAUGCCUUGCUUGGGUUCUUCAUGUUCUUACUACCCAGCAUUUUUUACCACCUAGAUGGACCUAAUUCUAUUUGCUCAAUGAACCUUAUCCCAAACUUGUUGUUUUCAUGGUGUCUAAAAGAAUGUGAUGUCAGCUUUUAGAAUGAAAUCAGUGUUAAAGUACCUCCAGUGAACCAAACAUGUGUCUUAAAUCUAAGCCACUGAAAACAGAAUGGAAAUCCCAAGGCAAAUACAAAUCACACACAGCUUGUAACAACAUACAGCCUUUAUAUGUAAAAUACAGAAUAAACUAGAGUUUCUGAAGACUGAAGCUAUCUGGAUAUCAAGUCUGAAGUAGGCAAAGCAUUUCCAUUUCUACAUGGAUUAUAAAACUUUGUGUUGGACUCACUGGUCCCUAAUGCUUUUGUUCAUCACUUCCUCCAGUUAUCAGUGGAAUUACCCGGUGACCAUUCAUUUGGACCGAGAUCCUAGAACUCUCCUACUGAAUAAAAGUCUACAAUUGGCCCUAAAAUAGAAACUGAAAACAGGAUAUAGAAUUAUUUCACCAGACCACAGCAUGUGGAAACUUUCUUUAUCAUUUUUGAACACUUGUUAACAGAUUUGCACAUAAGAGGGAGAGGGAAAAAAAAUGGAGUAACAGUCAAAAUAAUAAGAAUCAGUAUCCAGGCCAAGCGCAGUGGUUCACGCCUGUAAUCCCAGCACUUUCGAAGGCCGAGGCGGAUGGAUCACCUGACGUCAAGAGUUCGAGACCAGCCUGGCCAACAUGGUAAAACCCCAUCUCUACUAAAAAUACAAAAAUUAGCUGGGUGUGGUGGCGCAUGCCUGUAAUCCCAGCUACUCUGGAGGCUAACACAAGAGAAUCGCUUGAACCUGGGAGGCAGAGGUUGUAGUAAGCCGAGAUGGCCACCCUGCGCUCCAACCUGGGCAACAAGAACGAAACUCCAUCUGAAAAAAAA